AUGCCGUUCGGACUCAAGAACGCGGGGUCCACUUACCAGCGGUUGGUUACCAAAAUGUUUAAGGACCAGCUCGGCAAAACGAUGGAGGUCUACAUUGAUGAUAUGCUGGUAAAGUCGGCAAAGAAAAAGGACCACAUUGAUCAUUUGAAGGAAGCCUUCGAGAUAUUGAGGAAGUACGGGAUGAAGUUGAAUCCGAAAAAAUACGCUUUCGGCGUAGCCUCGGGGAAAUUCCUGGGCUACCUCGUAUCAGAACGAGGGAUCGAAGUCAACCCUGAUCGGAUCAAGGCCAUCGAUGCAAUACCUGAGGAACUAACCAGCAAGAAACAGCUAAAAGCAUACCUAUCUUCACCACCCCUACUCGUCAAAGCGAAUCCAGGCGAAUGUUUGCUCGUGUAUUUGGCAGUAUCCGAGGUCGCUGUCAGUGCGGUCUUGGUCCGCAAAGACAAAGGUACACAAUCUCCUAUUUACUAUAUCAGCAAAACUUUAAUAGACGCCGAGACAAGGUACCCUCACCUUGAAAAACUGGCCCUGGCCCUAGUCGUAGUUGCACGCAAGCUAAGACCUUAUUUCCAAUGCCACCCCAUAAAGGUAAUAACAACCUUCCCCCUAAGGGGCGUCCUACAUAAGCCCGAGCUCUCAGGCAGACUCGCCAAAUGGGCAAUAGAGCUCAGCGAGCACGAUAUAACUUACCAACCGCGAACUGCCAUCAAGUCGCAGGUACUCGCUGAUUUUGUCGCCGACUUCAGCGGGGAGAUAUUGCCAGAGGCGAAACAAGAAGCGCUCUGCGCUUCCGCAUGUUUUAAGUUAGCCCUUAAAUGCGGUGCCUGGCGGCUCAUCCUCCAUUGCGACUCUCAACUCGUCGUAAAUCAAGUCACCGGGACUUUCCAGAUCAAAGAGCAAAGGCUGCAAAAAUAUCAGUCCGAGAUCCAUAAGUUAUUGCCGGAGUUUGAAGAAUGCCACCUCGAUCAGAUUCCUAGAGCACAAAACAUUGAAGCAGAUGGCCUCGCCAAAUUGGCUGCGGCCACCAAGAAUAUCAAUAAAGAGAACGUGGUCACCCUCCUUCACUCGGCCAUAGACCACGUCAAGGUACUCUCUCUGAAUCUAACUUGGGACUGGCGUAAUCGCUUUAUAUCCUACUUACAGGACGGAACACUCCCGCAAGACAAAGAGGAAGCUAAGAAACUCCGGACACAAGCGGCUCGAUACAGCCUAAUAGAUCAUAACCUCUACAAGAGAACGUACGGCGGACCCUUGGCCAAAUGUCUAGGGCCGCACCAAACAAGGCAAGUACUAGAGGAAGUACACGAGGGUCACUGCGGAGCCCACACAGGGAACCGCGCCCUCGUGCGAUGCAUCAUCCGUGUUGGAUACUACUGGCCUACUAUGAAAAAGGAAGCAGCAGACUAUGUCAAGAGAUGCGAGCAGAGCCAGAAGUUCGCCCCUAUGAUACAUCAAGCAGGCGAACUACUCCAUUCCGUCACGUCGCCAUGGCCUUUCAUAAAAUGGGGAAUGGACAUAGUCGGCCCCCUUCCGGCAGGACGAGGAAAGAAGCUCGAAGAAGCCAAAGGGCUAUGGCCCGAAUUAUUACCUAAAGUAUUAUGGGCAUAUCGAACUACACCAAAGUCCAGCACGGGAGAAACGCCAUAUUCACUGGUCUAUGGGACCGAAGCAGUCAUACCCGUCGAAGUUGGGGAGCCCAGCCUGAGAUACUCCCAUAUAAGCGGAGCAGUUAACGACGAGAGUAGGUUGCAAGACCUAGAUGAGGUCGAAGAAUGGAGAGAUAUGGCUCACAUACGAAUGAUAUCCCAGAAGCAGCAAGUAGAGAGGUAUUACAACCAGAAGGCAAAGGCGGCGAAGGGGAAACCCUGUGGAUCAAAGCGCAGUUCACCACCUCGGCCCGUCGACACGAUCUCUAGACCGAAGUAA